ACCUUAUUCCAAUCUCUCCUUAUUUCCCAUCUCGCAUUUGUUCUUGAAUCUCUUCAGAGUAUUCCCACAGAGACACAUCUCUCUGCCUUAGCCUUCCAAGAAAAUAAAGAAAAGAAAAAAAAAGAAAAACCCCCAAACAGAGAAAAAGAAAAAAAAAAAAAAAAUUAUUCAGAAUGUACCAUGCCACCAAGAAACCUUCCUCUAUGACUUCUCAUGACAGGCCAAUGUGUGUUCAAGGCGAUUCCGGUCUCGUCCUCACCACCGACCCCAAACCCCGUCUCCGUUGGACCGUCGAGCUCCACGAGCGCUUUGUCGACGCUGUCACUCAACUUGGUGGCCCUGAUAAAGCUACCCCUAAGACCAUCAUGCGGGUUAUGGGUGUCAAGGGUCUCACUCUCUACCAUCUCAAAAGUCAUCUUCAGAAGUUCAGACUUGGAAAGCAACCUCACAAGGAAUUCAAUGAUCAAUCAAUAAAGGAUGGUAUAAGAGCUUCAGCCUUGGAACUUCAGAGAAACAGUGGAUCUUCUUCCACCUUAAUGGACCGUAGUAUGAACGAAAUGCAUAUGGAGGUCCAGAGACGACUGCAUGAACAAAUUGAGGUACAAAGACACCUUCAAUUGAGAAUUGAGGCUCAAGGCAAAUACAUGCAAAGCAUACUGGAGAAAGCUUGCCAAACCCUCGCCGGCGAAAAUAUAGCCGCAGCCACCGCCGCCUCCGCCGGACCUUUCAAAACCACUUCCAACAAUAUGGGAACAACCACCAACCUUGUCUCAGACGCCGCCAUCAAAGACUUCAUUUCACCUCACCACACCUUCCCUCCUUUUCAAGACAUGAACAACCUAUUUAACUCUGACCCGCCACCACCUCCGCCGCCUCUCAUUGACUGCCUCAAAAAGCCCAGCCCCUUCAUCUCUGGGGCCGGUAAGACCCCCAUUUUCUGGCCAGACGAUCUCCGGCUCCAAGACUUAGGAACUCCUUCUGCCACCUUAGCACCCGCGCCCCCUCCCAUCGGUGGCCCACCCGACUUGGACUCUCUACAGUUGGAAAUGUAUGAAUCCAAACCGCCACCACCAACGCCGCUACUCGCUGUUGGCAACAACGCCAUGAAUGAGAAGAAGUUUGACAUGACGUUAAAGCUCGAGAGACCAUCCCCACCGCGAUCGGGACAUUCGGAUGAAAGGGUGAAUAAUAAUAAUAAUGGUAUGGCUAACAAUAACAACCCUACAAUGUCACAGCCACAGGGAAGAAAUUCUUCAUUUGGUUAAAUAUUAAUUUGAAUGUGCUAUGUGUAAUAAUAAUAAUUAGUGACUUGAAUUUGAAUGUAACUAACUAAAUAUAGAUUAGGGUUUAGGGUUUUAACAAAUGCUUAUACUGACUAUUGUGUUUGGAAGGAAAAGAAGAUUUAAAAAGGAAAAAGAAAAAAACCUUAAAACUAAUAAGUGAAAGAGACUUAGUUCUGUUGAUGAUGGGGAGUUGUGUAUAUUUUCCAUCCAUUUUGUUAUGAGAAAUUGUAUGUUACAUACAAUGACAAAAUAAUUAUACAAAAACUAAUUUCCGUUUCCAUGACAUAAAAUAAUUUUAA